CCAAGGUGCCUAGGCAUGUAUAUAAAUACGAGGCACCCAAGGUACCUAAUCUACAGAGGUGCCCGGGACAGACAUACGAGAGGUUAUCGGAUGGUGAAUGAAUAGGAGGUUCUUAUGUAAUGCCAUGUGGAGAGAUUACAUCAAUCACUUACGGUACCUCUACCUACCUGUAGGACCGUACCAUCCCGUGUCAGGGGCCUUAUCGCCAAGAACCUGGGGGAAGGAGCCCCGGUGGCUUCGAUACCUAUCACCUCUCGACCUCACAUCCAUCAACAACCUCCCGCCUCCGCCGCCUGCGCCAGCCUCACCACCUACGCCGAAGGUCGCUCUGAACAUCGAUCAGAACAUCGCUUUAGCACAUCUCGGCGUCUCAUUCUCAUUCCCCCCCCUCCUCACGACGGCUAAGCAUCUUCUUUCCUACACGCAAGGCUCUACCCCACGUCUGGCGUGCCGACUUACUUUCCAUCAUCUCGCCCCGACGCCCACUAACCCACGCACUCAUCCGGCAUUACGAUACACGCAGCAUACCGUGGUACUUGCCACAGGGCUCUAACCAGACCACGGCGAGAUCCCUCACUCGAUUCUACACGCACACCUUGACGGCACCAUGGGUCUAAAGUACAACACCUACCUUAACAGCAGCAAGAUUUACGGAUGCAAGAAAUGCAAAGCUCACCUCGCUAACCACGAGGAGAUCAUUAGUCGAAACUUCCGCGGCCAGCACGGCAAGGCCUACCUCUUCAACACGGUCGUAAACAUCGACGAGGGCGAGCCCUCGGAGCGCAGCAUGACCACCGGCCGCCACAUCGUGCGCGACAUCACCUGCAAGCAGUGCAAGGAGACGGUCGGCUGGAAGUACGACCGCGCCUACGAGUCGAGCGAGAAAUACAAAGAGGGCAAGUUCAUCCUCGAGGCCGAGCUGCUCUGCAACGUCAGCUAGACGCUAGCUGGGCGGCCUUCGAUGUUACCGGCCGGACUAGAGCCAGAGCGGCCGGGCCAACGAGUAAACGGUCCGAAAGUAUCAACGACGCCAGCCUCACCCCCAUGGCUGGCGCCACGUGAUCAUCAUUGGUGGCGAUAUUAUACGUUUUAAGAGGUUAGAGAUAGUCAACGCGUUGUGUUUCCUUUUUUGGGGGGGGGGGGGGGGAUUUGAAGCAUGCAUCGGCCAGGCGUUUGCAGGUUUCCAGAAGGUUUGCUUAUUUAUUCCGCGGGAUCUUGGCAGCAGGGGGAAAGCGACAAGGAAACGGCAU